AUGGUAUCACCCUUGAUAUUUGAGCAAGAAAAUGGAGCUGGUGUCAUUAAUUCUUCUGCACUAAAUGGUGAUAAUAUAGCAGGUCAACAAUUUAUGAGAGGUAAUAAUGACAUUUUAACAGCUACAACCACGCCAGGAGCUGAAAGUGGACAAUCAAAUCAAUCCAGUGAUCUAGAAGAAUUACAACACUUUGAUCAAGGAAAAAUGAUCAAACAAAUGACACGUACAGCAGAUCAUUUAAAAUCACAAGAUUUUCAAGUUUGUAUAACAAUUAUAGAAGCACGUCAACUGCCUGGUUUAAAUAUGGAUCCAGUGGUUUGCAUACAAGUGGGAGAUCAAAAGAAAUAUACCAGUGUUAAGGAGAGUACAAAUUGUCCUUAUUACAACGAAUAUUUUGUUUUUGAUUUUCAUAUGCCUCCGGUGAUGUUGUUUGAUAAAAUUAUUACUUUGUCGGUAAGUUAGAGAUUAAAUCUAUGUAAAUACAUAUUAUAAUAAUUAGUUAUCAUUAUGAUUUGUUGAUUCUUAUAAAUAAAUAUAAACACGCAUUUGUUUAAGGUAAAAUGAUAAAUUAUUAUAUUUAUAUUUAUUCAUAACUGGUCAUUAAGGUGUCAGUCAGGGUGUGUUUCUUUCUAUUUGGUAUGAAUAAUAUGAAACGACAGGUGUUGAACAAAAGAGUGCUUAGAAAAUUUUUAAUGA